AUAAAAUAUGCGGAGUAUUACCAUAUAUUGCUCCAGAAGUUUUGAAUGGAUAACCAUACACAUUAUCUUCUGAUAUCUAUAGUUUUGGUGUAAUUAUGGCAGAAUUAUCAUCUGGAAAACCUCCUUUUUAUAAAAGGAAACAUGAUUUAAGCUUAACAUUAGAAAUAUGUAAUGGAAUCAGACCUGAAUUUGGAAAGGGAACUCCUGAAAUUUAUAAGAAUUUAGCUUAUAGAUGUAUGAAUGCUAAUCCUGAUCAAAGACCAACAGUCAGUGAAUUAAAUGACAUAAUAGCAUUUUUGUUAAAUUCUUAUGAUGGUUACUAUAAAGAGGCAGAAAAUUUUGGUUAUAAAGGAAAGGAAAUUAAGGCCAUAUUUGAAAAAGCUGAUAAAGAGAUACCAAAUAUUUCAACUUCAUAUGAAAUAAAUCCUGAUGCAAUAUACACUAGUAGAGUAUUUACAUUUAGUAAUUUGCCAAAACCCAUCAAUUCAUCUAUUAUUACUUCAUACCUUGAUGAAGAUAGUAAAGAUUGUCAAGAUUCUAAAUUAUUUGAUUUAGAAGUUUCUAACUGAUUAUAAUCA